CCGCGGGCUUUGGGGCCCGGCAACGCCUCUCCGAGGCGCCGGGGCCGCGCCGGGGGGCCGGGGAGCCGCCGAGGGUCAACGAGACGCCGGUUCCCUCGGGCAGCAGCGGCUGAUGUGGAGAAGCUCCGAGCGGCGCUUUCGGCCUGGUGGGCGCAGGGAGGAGGAGGAGGAGGAGGAGGAGGAGGAGGAGGAAGGAGCAGGGAAGAGCCGGGAGCAGCCGCGCAGACGCUGCGGAAUUCCCUCGGGCAGAGCCGCUCCGUGAUCCAUCCCGCAUCCCCGGCCCGGCUGGAGCCUCGCUCCAUCAUCCCCCAGCUCCAGGGUCCCAGUUCCAUCCAGGAAUGGUGAAUUCAAACUGGGAAUGCUGGAGGGGGGACAAGACCCUCAGAGAUGAGGCUUUGCCACUGUUUUGCACAAGAGUGUUGAACACAGCUCCUGGAAUGGCUUUGCCUGGAUGUGGUGCCAGAGGCUGGCGUGGCUGCUCCGGGGGCAGCGUGGGAGCACCGGACGUCGCUGGCCGUGGCUGUCCCAGGACCUCGGGCCCGUCCCGGCUGCCCCGGUGCGCUGCUGCCCCACGGCCCCGGCGGCCCCCCGGUGUGCCUGGCAGCUGCACCAGGACCAUCUCGAGCUGAGGUACGGGAGCACCCUGAUGCGCCUGGAUUUCGUGUGGCUGCGGGACCACUGCCGCUCCGCCUCCUGCUACAACGCCAAGACCAACCAGCGCAGCCUGGACACGGCCAGCGUGGACCUGGCCAUCCGGCCCCAGGCCGUGCGGGUGGACGAGACCACGCUCUUCCUCACCUGGCCGGACGGACACGUGACACGGUACGGGCUGGAGUGGCUGGUGAGGAACAGCUACGAGGGGCAGAAGCAGCAGGUCAUGCACCCCCGGAUCCUCUGGAAUGCUGAGAUCUACCAGCAAGCCCAGGUCCCCUCCGUCGACUGCCGGAGCUUCCUGGAGACAGACGAGGGGCUGAAGGAAUUCCUGCAGAAUUUCUUGUUGUAUGGGAUUGCUUUUGUGGAGAAUGUCACUCCCACCAAGGAGGACACGGAAAUCUUGGCAGAGAGGAUCAGCAUCAUCAGGGAGACCAUCUAUGGCAGGAUGUGGUACUUCACCUCUGACUUCUCCCGGGGAGACACAGCCUACACCAAGCUGGCCCUGGAUCGGCACACGGACACCACCUACUUCCAGGAGCCCUGCGGCAUCCAGGUGUUCCACUGCCUGAAGCACGAGGGCACGGGCGGGCGGACGCUGCUGGUGGACGGGUUCCACGCGGCCGAGCAGGUGCUGCGCCGGGCCCCGGAGCACUUCGAGCUGCUCGCCAAGGUGCCCCUCAAGCACGAGUACGUGGAGAGCGUGGGCGGCUGCCACAACCACAUGAUCGGAGUGGGGCCGGUGCUCAACGUGUACCCCUGGAACAACGAGCUUUACCUCAUCAGGUACAACAACUAUGACCGUGCCGUGAUCAACACGGUGCCCCAUGACGUGGUGCGCCGCUGGUACCACGCGCACCGCGCCCUCACCGCCGAGCUGCGCCGGCCCGACAACGAGCUCUGGGUCAAGCUGAAGCCAGGCAAGGCCCUGUUUGUGGAUAACUGGCGUGUCCUGCACGGCCGGGAAGCGUUCACGGGGUACCGGCAGCUCUGCGGCUGUUACCUGACGAGGGACGACGUGCUGAACACCGCCCGCCUGCUGGGGCUGCAGGCCUAGCUCAGCCCUCCAGGGAGCCGGGCAGCCCCCAGUCCCACCCCUGGGAGAGGCAGGAGCCCCCCAGUCCCACCCCUGGGAGAGGCAGGAGCCCCCCAGUCCCACCCCUGGGAGAGGCAGGAGCCGCCAACCCCGCUCCGUGCCAGGCCGGCUGAGCUGGUGCCCCCCAGACACUCCAGGCCCUCUGUGCCGGUGCCUCAGCACCACAAAGACACUGCAAUACCUCAGACACUUCCACCCUCCCCAAGCAGCUCCCAGGGCUUGCUCAGGAGAGGGGGAAACCAAAGGUUGUGGGACCAUUUUUUGGGACCACGCUCUGCCUUUGAGCACAGGCAGCUCUUGCUGUCCGUGCUCGCAGCCAGGGUGGCUCAGCUGGGUUAAUCCCUCCUCGGGAAGUGCUCCUCCAAGCACGUGCCUUCAGGAUCUGGAAGCUUUGCAUUAUUCCCUGUUUGGCCUUUUUUUCAGCUGCCAGUUUUUGGGUACUUUUAGGAGAGCAGAAUGGAAAUCUCUGGGGUCUUGUCUCUUUAUCACUGAUCCAAGCCAAGCUGCCUGGAGAGAUCCUGGUGUACUUUGGGCAUUUCUGAGAAGGUUUAGGUUAGAGAAAAGGGAAAGGGAAAGCAGCAAGAUCUGCAUGUUGGGAAGCAGAGGUGACCAUGUUAGGUGAGGGAUGGAAUUCCCACUUUUCCUUGGCUUCCAGUCCUGCUGUGCUGCAGUUCCGUCUGCCUGUUGCACUGCACUUGUGUUGAGGGCAACGCUCAGCAGCCACAGGGCUUCUGACAAACUUCCCUCCGUGCCUCCUCUUCCAUCCUUUCUUAAGGAAUCGGCCUUAGGUCACCAUCACACUCUCUGCUGCACAAACCUCACUCUUUGGGUGUAUUUUUUCCCCAAAAUUCUCCUACUCUGAGUGUAACUCAGAGGUGCCUUUCAGCUUCUGGGAGCUGGGGAAGUAAACUGAGAUGUGACACACUGAAGGGCCACGGGGUAAGGAGCAAAAGCAAAUCGUGCUGUUACCGAAUUUUUCAUUCUGCCCUAUAUUUUGGGGUGUUCCCUCUGCUCUGACCAGACCCUAAGGCAGGGCUGGGCCCGCUCCCCCUGGCUGUGCUGUGUGAGGUGCUCUGUGUCCUCAGGGCAGGUGCACAGUGCUAAACCUGCUGCCUUUGUUCAAUCCAAACACUGAAUGUAGAGAUCCCGGCGCCAGGACACUCCUGGAAUCUGCUCUGGCUGUGGGGUGAGCUCCCUGAUGCUCCCAGUCUCAGUGUUCCCAGUGCUUCCCAUCCCCAGUGAGCCGCGGGGAGUCGGCAGGGCUCAGAGGGAUUUCUGAGCCGAGGCUGGGCAGGUGGUGCCUGGUGAGCUGCCCUGGGAGAUGCUGCUCCCACUGGCGGCCCUGGAUCCCGGCAGGAGCCUGGAUUCUCCUCGGAGCAGAGCCAGCUGUGCCGAUUUUAAAACUCAGCAGGAAAAUUAAGCCCCCUCCAGCCACUCCCUUUCCGUAGUGGAGGAAAAACACUAGGAGAGAUUCUGAGUUGGAGUCACAAUUUACUGAAGGAAUCGCCAUAAUCACAACGAUAUUAAUAAAAGCUUGUACAAAAAAGAGAA